UCUAUGGUCUGCGAACUAGUACUAUACGCCACGGGAGUACUAAACCGUCUCCGUACUUGAAGAAAAGAAAUACGGUCUCCGAACCCUACCGUUAGUAUUCUACUAUAAAUGGGAAGGCGAUCGCCUUGUCCGAGUUCGACAGGAAAUAGAUCUAGGUUCUACAGUACUAUAGUUGGAAAUACAUGUUUUAUUUCCGAAUUAAGGAUGGACAAAGCCCGAGCUGCUUAGCUUCCAGUAGCUAUAACCGGGGACACUCCAGCAUAGCUGUCAUAUGCUUGCCGCCUCCGGACGGAAUUCCUGCUUGCUCUCAUAUAAGGCGACGAACAUCGACGUACCAGCCAGACACCGAUCCUACUCCGACGUAACAUAUGGCGACAAUAUUCAGCGGCGUGCCGGCGGACGGGUGCUCGCUCGUCGAGGCGUUCUUUCUGAUCCUUCUGCCGCUGCUCCUCCAGUGCCUCUGCCGGCCGCUCCAACGCGGCCGCACGCACGGAAGAGUUCGCUGGGAGGAGGGUACCUUCGGCAGCGUGGGCGCUCGCGCCGCCGGCCGAAGCCCGGUGCCGUGUACAUGCCACCAGAUGUUUUUGAGCUUGCGCGAUGAGGACAGCGCCGCCGGCAGAAGAAGAGCAUUGUGUCGCCAUCAUCCGGCGACGUCGACAUUGUAUUGCCGUCUAGCGAUGGCCAAUAGGCUACGAGCUUACAUCGCCAUGGUUACAUUGAUGGUCACUUUGGCGCGUUGGCGACAUGCAGACGAUAUCGAGACGUUGACACAUGAGGCGUCGGGUGACAACUUUCACGGCACGCUGCCGUGCAUGGAGGAGAGCACCGCUAGCCGAAGGCGAGCCACCGCGAACGAUCACUGGACGAUCUCGGAGAGACUGACAGACAAUGUCGCGGAGGCAGAGCUUGGCAUUUUGAUGGGCGCAAGAGGCCGACUGUCGGGUAUCGAGUGCCUUUCGAUGCCGACCCUCACGGGGCUUCAGUUAUGCCACAGUUUUCUGCACCACGUGCUCAAUCAACAUUAUCGCCAGAGAACUUCGACCAACAUCUGUAUCGUAUGCAAUUGGGAUCGGCACGUGGAGACAGAGUUUGGCACUUCCAUGGGCCCUAGUCCCGAGGGAACUUCGAUCGACCUCCGUAUCAUACGCGAUUUGGAUCAGCUAUCACGGUGGUUCAUUGUAUAUGGAGGCCUAGAUUUCCCCAUGGGAUUUUCCGAGCAACGGAACAAAGGGUCAUGGCGGGGCUAUUCCUCCGAGGGAAUUCCGGUGGAGGACGAGGACGACUCACAUGAUUGGAGAGAGCGGACAUGCAAAGAUUCGACCAGCGAAUUUUCGGACAAUGACCCCUGUUUUGAUCAGAGCAGUGUGUGUUCUGACAGCCACAAGAAGGCCCACUGCAGCGCGACAAUGACAACUUCGACGAGGUCAGCAGAUUUUUUGUUGCAUCAACCUGCGGACAUGGCAUUGUCGUCAAUGCAGGCCCAGCUUGGCAAUAACAAUGACAACGACUCAAACGACUGGAGAGCGCAAACAACCAACCAAUUCUUUGGAACAGACAAAGAGUCGUAUCCUGAUCAGAACAUUGUGUGUUCUGAUAGCAAGAUCGGCGCACAUUUCAGCGCAACAAUGACGACUUCAAACAAUACCGUGGUAUCUUCGUCAAUGCAGCUUGGUGGCAGCAGCGACAACGUGACUAGCUCGACAUCAGAGCAACCGAAUAGCAACAAUGACCACAUCGAGACGUCUAAUGAAGUUGAUAAAACAAGUACACCAUAUUGGCUCAUUCCAGGAUUCAGAUUUUGCCCGAUAGACGAGGAUAUCGUGCUCCACUAUCUCAAGCCCAAAGUCCUGAAUCUGGCGCUUCAACCGUAUAGGAGAAGAAUAGAAGAGCUGGUCAAUAUUUAUGCUUUGGACCCAGAUGACAUAAGACUUGAUGGACACGACGGAGACAAAGAGCAACUAGGGUUCUUCUUCGUGCGCAAGCAAGCCACGGUGUACAGCCUAGUUUCAAAAAAAGCCACGGCAUACAGCAACCGGUGCUUCUACACCACCCCGGUCGGGUUCUGGAAGAUCCGCGGCCUGCCGUCCCGCGUGAAGCACCACCGCCGCACCAUCGCCUUCAAGACGUCGAUGGACUUCUACUGCGGCAGGGCGCCGCACGGGUGCAAGACCCAGUGGAGCAUGUUCGAGUACAAGCUCAACGCGGACAGAGAAGACCUCAGGAACCUCGCGCGGCCAUGGAUGAACUCCUACGUCGUGUGCAAGGUUCGCAAGAGGGGCUGUCGCCGAGACGCCAAGGGCGGAGAGGUGGAGGCUGCGCCGGCGGCGCCAUACAAGGCGAAAGGGUUGUGGCGGCGCCCCGCACCGUUGCCAGGAUCCCCUAGUGGGAAGCCAAACUCAAGAAGACACAUCGGACAGAUGGACAAGAUAGUUGUGCCGAAGCGCGAUGUAAUACUACUAGAUCGGAAGCUGAAGGAGGCAAUGGGGGCUCCGGAACUAGAGGGCGACGAACCGGGCCUACUUCUUGGGAAGCGCAAGCGUCCUGCUACAUUUUAGGAUGAAUCCUGCCCUUUCGAGCUCGUGAGCUCUAAGCUUCUAACCGAAGUUGUAGACACUAGUAGUUUUAGUGGUUUUAUGUUU